AUGCUAUUCUAUGGGUACUCCUUCGUAUUUUUAUGCGUACGUAUGCCAAUAAGUGUUCUUAUGCCCAUAUUACUUUCCUCGCGCCAGAAAUUUCGAGAAUGGACUGGUGGCUGUGGUAUCCGGAGCUGGGACGUCGGGCACAAAUUUCCAGGACGGCUGCUCUGUGAACGCUACCACCACCUCUUUCGACGGAGAUGUUUCUUCUGUGGGUACGGGUUCGGUCAUAUCUACCCUUGGCAAGGACUCAUCGAUAAUCUCGACGUUGGCUUUAGCAUAGUUGACAGCCAUCUUAUUAUCACGGCCUGUAAUGCCAUGCUUCCGUCGUAUAUGUCUCGCCAACGAAUCAUGCCGAGGAUAGCUUUGCACCUUGUUGUUGUUCUGACUGCAGUAGAUACAUUUGUAUAUCUUCUUUUUGGUGGCAUGCACAAAUUCUUGAUGGCGCAAAAGUUCGUUUUUACCGUAGAAUAUUUUGAGGCAUGUCUGGUUGCUUUGUGGGUCAAUCAAGUGGCAUUGAUGAAUCACUCCUGA